CUAGCUGCCACUCUGCCCUGCGGUCGCCACAACCUCCCAUUCAACUAACUCUUCGCUCCGAGACCACUUUUCUUUUUCCGUCUCCCAGCAGAGCGGAAGGGGGCUGUCCACGGAACUGAAGCUCCUCCGCAACACCUACCUGGUCCGGGUGGCAUGUGACAGUCAGCGGGCGUCUUUCUCUUUUCUUUUUCUUUUCUUCUCGAAGGAAGGAAACAGGGGAAGCUGUUCGGCGAGAGAGAGAGAGAGAGAGAGAGAGAGAGAGAGAGAGAGAGAGAGAGAGAGAGAAGAGAGAGCGAGAGAGAGAGAAGAGAGAGAGAGAGAGAAAAAAAGAGGUCGCGCGGCAGCGGGGUUAAAGAGCUCUCGGUUGGUUGUCCCGGGUCUCCGGACCCAGAGAGAGAUGGAGCGGCUGUGCGGACCGGAGCGCCCUUUCUGGGAAGCCAACCAGACGCUCCACACAGAACGGCCCGACCUCCCGGAGUGUUUCCAGCUCUCUGUCCUGUCAUGGCUGCCGUGCGUCUACCUGUGGGCCGUCUGCCCCAUCUACCUCUUCUAUCUCAAGAAGAACCACAGAGGCUACAUCAUGAUGUCCAUCAUGAACAGAUUCAAAACGGUGUUUGGCUUGUUGUUAUGGAUUGUGUGCUGGACCGAUCUCUUCUACACAUUCCAUGAGCUUCGGCAGGGUCACACCCAGCCGCCCAUCUACUUCGUCACCCCGCUGGUCCUGGGCAUGACCAUGCUGUUGGCCACAUUUCUAAUCCAGUUUGAGAGGUUACGCGGGGUCCAGUCCUCAGGGGUCCUCUUCAUCUUCUGGUUCCUGUCUGUGCUGUGUGCCGUCGUGCCUUUCCGCUCCAAGAUCCUACAGGCCUCAAGCCAGAACGAAGUGACUGACAAGCUGCGAUUCACCACGUUCUACUUAUACUUCGGCCUGGCAGUCUGUGAGCUGAUCCUCUGCUGCUUUAAUGAGAAACCUCCUCUCUUCUCCAAUGUUGUCACAGACCCUAAUCUCUGCCCUGAAACCACAGCAGGAUUUCUCUCCACUUUAACGUUCUGGUGGUUUACAAGCUUGGCUAUUAAAGGGUACAAAACGCCUCUGGAGAACAAAGACCUUUGGUCUCUGAACCAGCGCGACAGCUCCAAGGUUAUGGUGCCCAAACUCCUCCAAGAGUGGGAGAAGGAGCUGGCCAAAGCCAAGAGUGAAGAGAAUCUGUCCAGCCAGGCUGCGUACUCCAAGCCCCCGCCGUCCACCACCAAAAACAUCGGAGGAGGUGGAGGAGAAAGCAGCCCGGAGGAAGUCGAGGUGCUUCUGUCCAAUCAAAAGGCCGCGUCCCGUCAGCCGUCUUUCCUACGCGCCCUCAUCAAAACCUUUGGACCGUACUUUCUGAUUGGCUCGGCCUACAAGCUACUGCAGGAUGUCAUCACCUUCGUCAACCCUCAGCUGCUCAGGAUGCUGAUCUCGUUCACAAAGCAGAAGGGUGCCCCCGAUUGGUGGGGUUACUCGCUGGCCUUCCUCAUGUUCUUCACGGCCGUCUUGCAGACCCUCAUCCUCCACCGUCACUUUCAGUACUGUUUCGUCACCGGCAUGAAUAUACGCACGGCCGUCAUAGGAGCUAUCUACAGGAAGGCGCUGGUGAUAACUAACGCUGCCAAGCGUUCAUCUACAGUCGGAGAGGUAGUCAACCUGAUGUCGGUGGACGCACAGAGGUUCAUGGACCUCACCACCUUCCUCAACUUGCUGUGGUCCGCCCCUCUUCAGAUUAUGCUCGCACUAUAUUUCCUCUGGCAGAACCUCGGCCCGUCUGUUUUGGCUGGGUUGGCUGUCAUGAUCAUGCUGAUCCCCUUUAAUGCCGUCAUCGCCAUGAAGACGCGAGCCUACCAGGUGGAGCAGAUGCAAUACAAGGACUCUCGUAUCAAGCUGAUGAACGAGAUCCUGAACGGCAUCAAAGUCCUGAAGCUUUACGCCUGGGAGAACUCCUUCAAAGAAAAGGUCCUCGCCAUUCGGCAGAAGGAGCUCAAUGUGCUGCGCAAGACCGCCUACCUGGGAGCGCUGUCCACCAUGGCCUGGACCAGUGCCCCCUUCCUGGUUGCCCUGACGACGUUUGCCGUGUAUGUGACCGUAGAUGAGAACAACAUCCUAGACGCGGAGAGAGCCUUCGUAUCGCUCUCGCUCUUCAACAUCCUCAGGUUUCCUCUCAACAUGCUGCCCCAAGUCAUCAGUAGCCUCGUGCAGGCCAGCGUCUCGCUGAAGCGAAUCCAACGUUUCCUGAGUCACGAUGAGCUGGACCCGAGUUCAGUAGACAGAAACAACACAGCCACAGAGUUUUCAGUGACGGUCGUCAACGGGAAGUUCACCUGGGCCAAAGAAGAUCCUCCUGUUCUGCACAACAUCAACGUGAUGGUGCCGCAGGGCUCCCUGCUGGCAGUGGUGGGCCACGUCGGCUGUGGGAAGUCCUCUCUGAUCUCGGCGCUGCUCGGUGAAGUCGAGAAACUGGAAGGAGAGGUUUCUACUCGGGGAUCAGUGGCAUACGUACCCCAGCAGGCCUGGAUACAGAAUGCCACCCUGCGGGACAACAUCCUGUUUGGGAAACCCUACAAUGAGCCGAAGUACUGCUGCGUUCUGGAGGCCUGUGCCCUAACUCCUGACCUGGAAGUGUUGCCUGGAGGAGAUAUGACGGAAAUAGGCGAGAAGGGCAUCAACCUCUCCGGUGGGCAGAGACAGAGGGUGAGUCUGGCCCGAGCCCUGUACAGCGACACUGACAUCUACCUCCUGGAUGACCCGCUGUCGGCUGUGGACGCCCACGUGGCCAAACACAUCUUUGACAACCUCAUCGGUCCAGAGGGGGUGCUAAAGGGCAAGACACGUAUUCUAGUGACACAUGGCAUCAGCUUCCUGCCUCAGGUGGAUAACAUCAUGGUGAUGGUGGAGGGCAGGGUGUCGGAGAUGGGCUCCUACCAGGAGCUGCUCAAACAGAACGGAGCCUUCGCAGAGUUUCUCAGGAACUACGCCCUGGAGGACAUCGUAGAGGAGGAAGAGGCCACUGAGGAGUUGAUUGAAGAAGAGGAACUGUUCCCCGAAGACGCCCUUAGCAACCUCACAGACAUAGUGGACAACGAGCCGGUGAUCAAUAAGGCCAAGAGGAAUUUCAGAAGGCAGAUCAGCAUCAUCUCAGUAGACGGAGAGAACCCUAAAGGCCGCUCGGUGAGGAGACACGGCUGCAGCCAGAGGAUACACUCCGACCAACAGGAGAAGAAGGCGCCACACGAGAUGCAGAAACUCAUCCAGGCGGAGACGGCGGAAACCGGCAGGGUAAAAACAAAGGUGUUCCUGGAGUACGCUAAGGCGGUGGGACUUCUGCUGUCGGUGUUCAUCUGCUUCCUGUACGGCUGCCAGAGCGCAGCAGCCAUCGGAGGGAACAUCUGGCUCAGCCAGUGGACCAAUGACGCUUUGACCAAUCAGACCCAGGAGAAUGUUCAUAUGCGGGUGGGGGUGUACGCAUCACUGGGCCUUGCACAAGGUGCGCUGUUGUUGGCUAACUGCCUGUUGUGCCGGGCCUACUGUAUGCUGCGGGCGGCCAAGCUCACGCACCACAACAUGCUCCAGGGGGUCCUGCGAGCUCCGCAGACCUUCUUCGAGAGCACCCCCACUGGGCGCAUACUGAACCGCUUCAGUAAAGACGUGGAUACAAUAGACUCCCAGAUCCCAGACAAUAUUGACAUAUGGAUGCGCACUUUCUGGUACACACUGAAUGUGCUGCUCAUAUGCUCUGCUCUCACCCCAAUGUUCCUCAUAGUCAUAGCCCCGUUAAUGCUGUUCUAUUGGUGGGUUCAGAGGUUUUAUGUCGCCACGUCUCGGCAGCUCAAGCGCCUGGAGUCAGUCAGCCGCUCGCCCAUUUACUCCCAUUUCUCCGAGACCGUCACCGGCAGCAGUGUAAUCCGAGCCUACGGCAGACACUCUGCCUUUGUUGUGAUGAGCGAUAUGAAGGUGGACGAGAACCAAAAGAGUUACUACCCGGGUAUAGUGUCCAACAGGUGGCUCGGAGUGCGCAUCGAGUUCAUCGGGAACUGCAUCGUGUUGUUUGCUGCCCUGUUUGCCGUGACUGGAAAAGAUAAUCUGAACCCGGGCCUCGUGGGUCUGUCGGUGUCCUACGCCCUGCAGGUGACCAUGUCGCUGAAUUGGAUGGUGCGAAUGACUUCAGAUCUGGAGAGCAACAUAGUAGCAGUGGAGAGAGUGAAGGAGUACUCUGAGACCAAGACAGAGGCCCCCUGGGAGGUGGAGGACAAGAAGCCCCCACCCGAGUGGCCCACGGAGGGGAACGUGGAGUUCCACGACUACAGUGUUCGGUACCGAGAGGGGCUGGAUCUGGUCCUAAAGAACCUCACGCUGAGCGUCAAAGGAGGAGAGAAGAUUGGUAUCGUGGGUCGCACAGGGGCCGGCAAGUCCUCCAUGACGCUCUGCCUCUUCCGGUUGCUGGAAGCUGCAGCCGGAGAGAUCACCAUCGACGGGGUGAAGAUAUCCGAGUUAGGGCUGCACGACCUGAGGUCCAGACUCACCAUCAUUCCACAGGAGCCCGUGCUCUUCUCAGGCUCACUGAAGAUGAACCUGGACCCCUUCGAGAAGUACAGUGAUGAAGAAGUGUGGAGAGCUCUGCAACAGUCCCACCUCCACAAGUUUGUCAGCAACCAGCCGGCAAAACUUGACCUGGAGUGCUCCGAGGGAGGAGAGAACCUCAGUGUGGGCCAGAGGCAGCUGGUGUGUUUGGCUCGAGCUCUCCUGAGGAAGACGAGGAUCCUCAUCCUGGAUGAAGCUACGGCUGCGGUAGACCUGGAGACGGAUGAUCUCAUCCAGUCUACCAUUCGGACUCAGUUUGAAGACUGCACCGUCUUUACCAUCGCUCACCGACUCAACACAAUAAUGGAUUACACAAGAGUGCUGGUGUUGGACAAGGGACAGAUAGCAGAGUUCGACACUCCAACAAACCUCCUGUCCCAGAGAGGUGUCUUCUACGGCAUGGCUAAAGACGCAGGGCUGACACAGUAGAACCGCCUUUCUUCCCCCAAUGUUACAAACCAGGGCUCAGUCGGACUCUGCAUUCCAACCUGGACGUGGAACUGAAGAGUACCUUUAUAUUUUCAUGACACUCGCUGAAGGUUUUGAAUUAAGCCUGAACUCCUUUGCAGACUUGGAUGGAUUAGCAGUUGCACACAGGUGUGGUGUUUGUCUGAACCCGCAUCGGGACAUUUACGUGCUCUUCUGUGAUUGUCUGAACUUUCCGGCACUGCCUGUAUUGUCUUGGGUGGUAAACGUGGUCUCGUUUGGCAUCUAAAUAGGAAAAAAACAAGCCAUAUGUGCAAAUACUAGUUGAUCCAAGUCUGCCCUUUAGUGCCUUCUGCCAGUGGGAUGAAGAAAGCAUGUGAAUGUAUCAUCUUCUAUCCGGCUGUCUGCUGCAAAACAACGAGAGAGAAGAAAAAAAGGAGGAACUUUUUUAUUUAAUUUUUUUCUACAAAGAAAAAUACUGUGCCACUGUACUUUCCUGAUAAAAAAAAAAUCUAUACACUUUUGUGAUAAACCCACUUAUUUUUGUACUGUACCGUUAUUUAAGCUACUUUUAAAAUAAUUGUUUCAUCUAGGGAAGUUUGCUCAAUUAAAUAUGUGAUUCUUUUGUGAACCAAAUCUAUUAAAACUUGAAUUCUGUACCACCAACAUAUGAAUUGUGAAAAUGCCUUUAUUAAA